AUGGGCACUGAGGUAUCCAGCAAAGAGCACAUAACCAAACAUAACUCCAAGGACGAUAAACGAGACAAGCGUGAAAAGCAUAAGAAACACAAGGACGAUUCAGACAGGAAACACAAGAAGAGACGCAAACACGAAGAUGAUGGCGAAGAAGAUGGCGGUCAUCGAAGGCACAAACAUCACAAGAGGGACAGAGAAAAUAAAAGAGGUAGAAGUGGAGAAAGUAAAAUGGAAAUUGUCGACGACAACCCCAGUGACGACAAUCUAUGGGUUGAAAAGGAUAUCGACAUGGGAGGGGAGCGCAUAUUGGCUUCCGAUAUUCCUACUUCUGAGAGUCUCAAGUUGACCUCCUCUGCAGAUGCUACUAACUCGUCGGUACCACUUCCUCAUCCCACCAGAAUAGAAUCCACUCUCAAGCGGGACGAUUGGAUGAUGGCCGAACCCUCAACGCCUGUCUUGCCUGUGGGAGCCCGUCCUCAGUUAUCUCGCAUAGAUUAUUCCGUGGAAAUUGGAGAGGAAAGCCUCGAUGAUGGUUAUGGAGAGCUCUCUGGUAACUCGCGACCAGUUGGUGGUGGAGUUGACUUCUUUUCGAGUCUGGGUACGGAGAAGAAGAAACCUUCUAGGCCGGACCGACCCGACCCAGAUAAACCCAAAGUUCAUUAUAAAGAACUUAACCAAGAUAUCAAAGAAGGUAGACCCAUUGAUUUUGAUGAACCGCCCCCGCCCCCGCCCUCCAUUACUCCAGGUGGUCCAGGUUCCCAGUGGAGAAUGAUGCGCCUUCGUCGAGUAUAUGAGAACGCCGAAGAAGAUGGAGUGCCAGUCGAACAAUUAGGGAUCGAACGCUUCGGAUCUUUGCAGGCAUUCGAAGAAGCGAAGCAGGAACGGCGCAUCUUAGACGAACGGGAAGGUAAACGCUCUGAAGCUCGCGGUAGAACAUCAGAGCGGCCAACCCACUAUAGCAGGGACGGUGAAAAGAGGUUGAUGUUUUCAGAUGUAGGUGGAAGUGGCGGUUCCAGUCGAAGCUCUUCAUUCCGCCGUCCCGGUGGUGUAACCGAUAGUGUACCAUCUACACCUUCCCCGCCCACAGGUGUCGCUAGGCCCCCGACUAAUCGCCGUCUCGAUUCUCUGAGGCUCCCUUCACAAGCUAGUUCACCAUUGGCUCAGGCACACACACCAAUCCCAACGGUGAUGACUCCACCACCAAUGGCAUCUGGAUCAAAGUCGAGGCCACUGUCACCAUCUUCACUGAAUAAAUUACAAGCCAAGGUUAUACGCGCCAAGCUCAUGGAUUCUCCUGAUGCUGCUAGACUUGAACAAGAAUACGAAGUUGAGGCGCGCAAGGCACAAGGAACGGACGAUGGCGGUGUUAAGAAGAAGGUAGAGGUUCUUCCAACUCUUGAUGCAAGAGGCAGAAUGUACGAUGUCGGUCACGGAAAAGAGGAUGAUAGAAAAACUGGAGAAGUGCUGCGUAUCAAUCCCGACGAUGAUACAAUGACGCUAGGAGAAAUGCUACGUCAAGAGCGAAUGGGAGCGGGUAUGUCAGAUCAGAAAGACCUUGAUGCGCAAUACGCACGCGCCGUCAUGGGAGACGGCAAAUUCGAGAAUGACCUUGAUUACAUCGAUGACAAUGCAGAAAAACUCGGUCGUCAGAAGAUGCGGUCUGAUGGAAUGAAACGUCAAUUUGCAAUUAAUGAUUAUAAACGCACUCAAAAGGUGCUCGCAUCCUGCAAUUUUUGCUACGGGGAAGAUGAUUCUCUGCCUAAAGCCCCUAUUAUCGCCACUGGGACUCGGGUAUAUCUAUCUUGUACACUAACAGAUGAGCUUGUCGAUGGUCAUUGCUUGAUAGUGCCUAUCCAGCAUCAUCUGAAUAUGUUGGAAGGCGAUGAUGAUGUUUGGGACGAAACUCGAAAUUUUAUGAAGUGCCUCAUGCGCAUGUACGCCGAAGAAGAUAAAGGUGUUGUUUUUUUCGAAACAGUACUAUCCUUACGAAAGCAAAAACACACAUACAUUGAAUGUGUACCUGUUCCUUGGGAGCAAUUCGACUUGCUGCCGGGCUAUUUCAAGGAAUCGAUCCUUGCCUCAGAGGCAGAAUGGUCACAGCACAAAAAAUUGAUCGAUUUCAGUGCAAGACCGGGAGGGUUCAGGCGCGCGCUGGUCCCAAACCUCCCUUACUUCAUGGUGCAGUUUGAUCACAAGGGAGAGAAAGGCUACGGCCACGUUAUUGAAGGGGCAGCAGACGCUCAAGAUGAAGACGGCUUGGAAGAAGGAGAAAAAGGUGGUGGAGAAUUCCCAUGGUACUUUGCGGGUGAGAUCAUCGGAAACGUCCUUGAGUUAGAGGCACGACGGUGGCGUCGGCCCAGGCGAAUUGAUUUGCGGCGAAAUAAUGAGCGGGUAGCAGAAUUUAAGAAAAAGUACACAAAAUUCGAUUGGACUGGGAUGCUCUAA